ACUUCGAAAGAAGCGAACAAAUCAAGCAAAUCUCCAAGAGAGUAAAAAACUAAAUAACUAAAGAAUAAUAACAAAAGUAAAAAGUAGAGAAAAAUCAGUGAAAAUGUUGCCAUUGAUUUUGAGCCUUACUGACGACAUCUUCGACAUGGAGCCUUUCCAUCGAUUCGGGAUAACUCCUCAUGAUCUGUGUCUGCUUCAGAAACGGCGAUUGGGACACCAGAAACCAUCCAGACGUCGAUGGAAGUUGGAUAGCGAGGUCUUUGGAGGAAAAAAUGAUGAAAAUAGAGGAUUUGAGAUGAACCUGGAUGUGAGAGAUUUCAAGCCAGAAGAGAUCUCCGUGAAGACCAUCGAUAAUCACAUUGUGGUAGAGGCUAAACAUGAGGAACGCGAUGAUGACAACGGUUUCAUUUCUCGCCACUUUGUUCGCCGGUGUGCUCUACCCGAGGAUUGCAACAUCCAGGAAGCCGUGUCCACACUCUCUGCGGAUGGAGUCCUCACCGUGAAAGCACCACCGAAGGCCAUUGAGAGCAAAGAACACAUCAUUGAGAUUCAACGUAUAACAGAUAAAUCCGAUAAAUCUCCAUCAAAAAAUGCACAAGAGAAUCAAGCUAAAGCUGCAUAAAAUCUCAUAAUUUCUCAAUUAAUCAUACCUAUUAAUUUAAAUUAUAAGACUAUCAGUAUUCCUUCGUAAUGUAAUUAAACUUUUAAGUUAAGACUUAAUAAAGACUUUUGAUUUGAAUUAUA